GGCUGGAGAGGGGGGGGGGUGUUGAGUGAGUACUGUAGAUUAGGGCAAGGGAAAGCAAACCGCAGGAACGUGGCCGUCUCCUGUGAUUGGAACAGUCCCAACCUGGCCUGUGUUGUCACAGGGGUGGUGUUGCAAGCACCUUGAAAGAGAAAAGAACUGUUUUCAAGACAUCCAUGGCUGGUGCAGUUGCUACUCCCCCUGUCCCAAAGCCCAGCACCUCUCAUCGACUGAAUAUAAAUGUUGGUGUCCUGGGCCACAUCGACAGUGGCAAGACUGCUCUUGCGCGGGCCCUUAGCACUGUUGGUUCCACUGCUGCCUUUGACCGAGCCCCGCAGAGCCGAGCUCGGGGAAUCACCCUGGACUUGGGCUUCUCCUGCCUCUGUACAGAGUUGCCUCCACACCUGGGAACUGAGCCUGGCGAGCUCCAACUGACCCUGGUGGAUUGCCCAGGACAUGCCUCCCUUAUUCGCACCAUUAUUGGAGGGGCUCAGAUCAUUGACCUGAUGAUGCUUGUGAUAGACGUAACAAAAGGGAUGCAGACUCAGUCAGCAGAGUGCUUGGUGAUUGGGCAAAUUGCAUGUCAGAAAAUGAUUGUGGUUUUGAACAAAAUAGACCUUCUUCCAGAAAGUAAACGACAAGCUGCUGUUGAGAAGAUGUCGAAGAAAAUGCAGAAGACCUUGGAAAAUACUAGGUUCCAUGGGUGCCCUAUAGUUGCCACUGCGGCAAAGCCUGGCGGACCAGAAGCUCCAGAAACAGUGACGCCGAUAGGGGUUUCUGAACUAAUUGAGGUCCUGAAGGCAGAGGCUUACCUACCCACAAGAGACCCUUCAGGAUCUUUCCUCAUGGCCGUAGAUCACUGCUUCUCCAUUAAGGGUCAAGGCACUGUGAUGACGGGAACCAUUCUUUCAGGCUGUGUCAGCAAUGGAGACAAUGUGGAGAUUCCUGCCCUCAAGGUGACAAAGAAGGUCAAGUCCAUGCAGAUGUUUCAUACUCCAGUUAACUAUGCCAUGCAGGGUGACAGGGUAGGAAUCUGUGUGACUCAGUUUGAUCCAAAGCUGUUGGAAAGAGGUCUGAUCUGUACACCUGAAUCUCUCCAGACUAUUCACGCUGCUAUCAUCUCUUUAAAGAAAAUCCCAUAUUUCCGAGGCACUCUUCAGACCAAGGCAAAGUUUCAUAUCACAGUUGGCCAUGAAACUGUUAUGGGAAGAGUUAUGUUCUUCAGCCCAGCUCCUAAUGACUUCACCAAAGAACCCCUGGAGAAUGAUUUUGAUUUUGGAAAAGAAUAUCUUUAUCAGGAGGAAUAUCUUUCCAAAGACUCAAAGUCCUCAGAAGAAAACAAGGAGAAUGACUGCACUGAAGAAAGACAGCUCCCAGAACAACAGUGGGCCUUACUUGAGUUUGAGAAGCCAGUUACCUGCCCUAAACUGUGUCUUGUGAUUGGCUCAAAGCUGGAUACCGAUAUUCACGCAAACACUUGCAGGUUGGCGUUCCAUGGAGUGCUCCUCCAAGGGAUGGAAGACAAAAAUUAUGCAGAGACAUGUCUCCCAAAGCUUAAAGUUUACAAGCUGAAACAUAAGGAAGGACAAGUGGAACGGCUUUGUGAUGAUUACAGUGUGAUUGGCCGUUCACUGUUUAAAAAAGAGACCAACAUCCAAAUUUUUGUGGGGCUGAAGGUCAAGCUGUCUACAGGAGAGGAAGGUUUAAUAGAAGGCGGCUUUGGACAGAGUGGAAAGUUUAAAAUCCGCAUUCCAGAUGGGGUGAGGCCAGAAACAAAGGCACUUCUGACUGCCACCUCUAAGAAGAAGCCCAAGGCAGGGAAGGGAGAUACAGGAAAAGAGGAUGAAAGCAGCAAGGUUGACUCAGUCCAGCCUGUUCAUAUCACUCUUCUCUUUAAAAGAUACGUCUUUGAUGCACAGAAGAAAAUGAUUCAGUCUUGAGAAACAUCCGAGGUAUCCUUUAAAGGCUGAACACCAAAAGGCAUUUCCCAUGGACUCUAGAUCAUUCUUACUGGCCUUACAGAUGCUUUAGAUAUUUCUGGCUUUGCUGUUCCAAUCUGCUGUGCUGCAGGUAGAUGGCACCUGUUGAAACUAUUAAUUCACAGCUAAUGCUAAUACUUCCGUAUCAUUUGUAUUUUAUAUAUUAAUUUGAACUUUCUGAUGCUUUGUGAUUGUCUGUAAAUUGAACCCAUAAGUGAAAUUUCACCACCCUGACUUGAUGGGAAGGCAAAGUGUAAACACUGUGCAUGUUGAAACUAAAUUGGGUGUUUAAAUUCUUUUAUGUUUAAUAAUCCAAACGCGCUGUUUGUAAGGCAAGGAUUAUUUUGUAAAUGAGGUUUGUAUCUUGAGUACCAUUUAUAACUGGCUUCAGUGUCAGAACAUCCUCAGGGAUGUACAUAAUUUCAUGGUAUACGUUGUUAACCUUUUCUGUUCAAUGCUUUGGUAUAAUACUUCUACACAAGCUUUCUGAAUCUGCUGGUUAAUGUUUUCCUAGGAAAGCUGAGAAAAUAAGCAACCCUGAGCUACUCUUAAGAAGUUCUGCUGAAUGUGAAUGCUGCUCACCAUCUCCAAAAACAACUUAAUUGUGAUUACCAAAGUGUCAAAUUGUGAGAAUAAAUAAUUUAAGUGGCUUGA